UGUCUUGUUCUUGUGUUCGAGAAGGAGCACCAGCGCACAUUCGGAGGAGCUUGGGAACAUGUGUGGUUCACGCUGACCAGGAAAUAUGUUGACACUACCAUUCGAGGAGCCACAUAUGAUGUGUGAGCCGCGGUUUGGUGCCAGUUAUCCCCGUGAAGGCUUACCUGACAGCAUGGAGCAGGAGCGACAGCACAACCCGGAGAGGUCUACCUCAGACCCGAGGGACGGAGAGGACGACAUCUCCGACAGGGAGGAGGACGAGAGGGAGGACGACCAAGAUGAAAACGGCCUUCCCAAAAAGCGAGGCCCUCGAAAAAAGAAGCCCGGCAAAGAGCAGAUGGACAGGGCCAAACUACGGCGUCAUGAAGCCAACGCCCGCGAGCGCAGCCGCAUGCACGGCUUGAACGCAGCGCUGGAGAGUCUGCGUAAAGUUGUGCCGUGCUACUCCAAAACUCAAAAACUGUCCAAGAUCGAAACCCUGAGACUGGCUAAAAAUUAUAUCUGGGCUCUGUCGGAGACCCUGAGCGCAGGGAAGAGACCCGACCUCCUCGCCUUCGUGCAGACUUUGUGUAAAGGAUUAUCCCAGCCCACCACCAACUUGGUGGCCGGAUGUUUGCAGCUGAACGCGCGGAAUUUCCUCACAGACCACAACGGGGAGGUUAUGUUCUCCGGCAGAUCGCCGUACGAUGCCAUGUACUCCUACCCCGGCUCAGAUUUGAACACGCCCCCGGGUCACAGCAGCCGCGGUUUGGACGGCGGCGCCAAACCGUUCCGACACUACAGCUACGGCGCGUACGAGCCGUACUACGAGAACGCGUCCCCAGACACCGGCAGUCCGCAUUUCGACGGCCAGCUGAGCCCCCCGAUGAACUUUAACGGGAUUUUCUCCCUGAAACACGACGAUCCUCCCGAUUACGGCAAAAGCAGCCACUAUGGCGUGCGUUACUGCGGUGCGCCAGGACGCGCGGCUCUUGCGCAUAACUCCAUGUACAGAGUGUCCCCAGAGGCCCGGUUCCCCUACGAUCUGCACGUCCGCAGUCAGUCCUUCCAAACACAAGCGGAAGUUAACGGCUCCUUCCAUAAUUAAGUCGCUUUCACGGACAAAGUUCGAGCGGACAUUGACUAAAAUAAAAAAGCAAGAAAAAAACUGCGAUGCCGUUUUUCCGGAACGAAACUGACAACAAAAACUGCACAUUGUCACAAUUAAUUCAUUUGUGUUGAUU